AUGUCCAGUGUAUAUCAUGAUUAUUCCAAUUUUCUGAAUGUAACAACAUUCAUUGAUUCUUUCAAUAAUUUCAAUCAAUUACCAAACUUAAAUUUCAUUGAAAAAGUAUGGGGAGCUUAUUAUUAUUAUAUGGCAAAUGAUUUAUUUGCUACUGGAUUAUUAUUCUUUUUAACUCAUGAAAUAUUUUAUUUUGGUAGAUGUUUACCUUGGGCAAUUAUUGAUAGAGUUCCAUAUUUCAAUCGUUGGAAAAUUCAAGAUGAAAAGCUUCCAAGUAAUAAAGAACAAUGGGAAUGUCUUAAAUCAGUAUUAACUUCUCAUUUCUUAGUUGAAGCUUUUCCAAUUUGGUUUUUCCAUCCAUUAUGUCAAAAAAUUGGUAUUACUUUCCAAGUUCCAUUCCCAUCUAUAAAGGAAAUGUUAAUUCAAUGGGCAGUAUUCUUUGUAUUGGAAGAUGCUUGGCAUUAUUGGUUACAUCGUGGUUUACAUUAUGGAGUCUUUUAUAAAUAUAUUCAUAAACAACAUCAUAGAUAUGCUGCUCCAUUUGGAUUAGCUGCAGAAUAUGCUCAUCCUGUUGAAGUUGCCUUGUUAGGGAUGGGAACAGUUGGAAUCCCAAUUGUUUGGUGUAUUAUUACUAAACAAUUACAUUUAUUUACUGUUUGUGUUUGGAUUGUUCUUAGAUUAUUCCAAGCGGUUGAUGCUCAUUCAGGAUAUGAAUUCCCAUGGUCAUUACAUCAUUUCUUACCAUUCUGGGCUGGUGCUGAUCAUCAUGAUGAACAUCAUCAUUAUUUCAUUGGAGGAUAUUCUAGUAGUUUUAGAUGGUGGGAUUAUUUCUUAGAUACUGAAGCUGGUCCAAAGGCUAAAAAGAAUAGAGAAGCUAAAAACAACACUCAAGCUGAAAAAGUACAAAAGAAGAAUAACUGA